UAUUCCUUCACCCGCUUCCUAGAAGAAUUCGAAAACAGGCGAUGGACGUUGGCUUAUAGCGCCAUACCAUAAGCUUACUCGGCAUAUCGAUACUGACGAGCUGACUGUGUCAAGAGAAUGCCUGCAACAAUGGGUUGAAUAACAGACAAUCGAUAGAAAUGGAUCAAUUGUAAACAACAUCUGUUCUCACGCAGUUUGAGCAUACCUUUAAGCAAGUUGGGCGGUUGGAACUUACUGGCCAAAGAAGAUUAUUAAUAUGUCAAUGAACAGAGAUAUCGUAUGUCUCUUUAUCUUGGAGGUGACUUUCGUGAGCGUACUGUUAUAUGCAUGUUUGACGUCCCAUCCAAUUGUCAAUCACAAGACCCGGAUACACAAACAAGCACUCUUCAACCUUGCUGUAAAGGAAGAAAAUGUUUCACCGAAAGAACUGAGAAGAGAAACUGGGCAGUCAUGUGUUUUCCCUGUACAUUCACCAAGUCUUGUUCCAUGUCAGCAGAACAACCUCAGUGAGAAACGACGAAUACUAAACGAAUCGCUACCAUGGCUUGAUCUUGAGGCGACCUUGAAUGCGUCCAAGACACUUCUCCCCGGGGGAUACCACCACCCGCUUGGAUGUGCCUCUCCACAGCGACUUGCCAUAAUAGUUCCCUACAGAGACAGAGAGGUGAACCUGAAGAUCCUCCUCAACAACCUCCACAGAGUGCUCCAGAAACAACAGGCGGAAUAUGCCAUCUUUGUAGUGGAGCAGGAAAAUGGUACACCGUUUAACAGAGGAUUGAUUAAAAACAUUGGUUACGUUGAAGCCCAAGCUCUUUGUCAUUUUGACUGUUUCACCUUCCAAGAUGUCGACUUGGUGCCUGAGAGUGAGAGGAAUACCUACUGGUGUGGUGCGAGGGCUUUACAUCACUCUCAAAGACUCGACAUACUGAAAUACAGGAUAUUUUACAAGUAUCACUUUGGUGGAGUGAUCACCUUCAACGAGACAUUUUUCUCCACCAUCAAUGGUUACUCUAACUUGUUCUUCAUGUGGGGAGGUGAAGAUGAUGACCUGUUUCACAGAUUGCUGAAGAAAAAAAUGCCAUAUGAAUUCAGCAGAUAUCCUCGUUACACUGCUUUGACGCAUAAGAAAGACCCGCACCAUACAAAGGAAGAGAUGGCUGUGUAUGGAAAAAGUCGCCUCCGAUUUGAGACCGACGGCCUCAACAGUACGGGACGACUUUACCGGUUAAUAUCUGUGGACUACAAGCCUCUAUAUACCCGAAUAUAUGUUUCUGUCAAUCAAACUGAAGUACUCACUCAGCUGAAGCAUUAUGGCAUUAAUUUAUAAAUGGUUUCACUGGUUAGAACACUUCAUGGUCUCGGCAGUAACCUUUUUCUAAUUAAUCAGUAUAAUAUAUAUGAUCUAAUAUGACUUCCGUUUUUCCACCCUCGUGUUUUGAGGUUCUUGAUUAUCAGCAUACAUGUCAACUCUCAGAGAUGACGCUCACUACAGGAAAUCUCACUCAUUUAUUAAGAAAUAUUUAUUCAACAAAAUAUAUUUUCCAUCUUUCUGGCUCUUCACCAAAAA